AUAAUAGACGUGGUUCAUGCGAGUGGACGUGUGUGUACAUGUGAGAGUGUGCGUGUGUGUACACGUGACAUUGAGGACAACCCUUUUAAAGUUAUAAAUAGGGGCCAUCGAUUAGGGUUUUACUCUCUUAUAAAAAUUUUCAAUAUUUUCUUCUCUAUACUCACAUUUUGAAGACGUAAAACGAUUGAACCCUAAAUAUGCGUCGAUUGCAAAAAUCGAAACGAGUUUCAUGGGCCUCCGAUUUAGAUCUUUGUCAGGUUAGGCUAUUCUUAUCAGAGGAAUCUCCUUCACAGGUUGGGUUAAAUUCUCAAGACCACGUCCAAGCAAAGACAUCAUUGCUGUUGCAUCCAGAUGGAGCAGGUUCUGACGACAUUCUGCCUCCUGGAUUUGAGGGAACUCAUGCUAAAAGUCAGUCCGAGAUUAAGCUAUCCCAAAUACCAGUUAUUAAAUGGAUUACUCCUCCAAAGAUUGAGGUAAAUCCCACAUGGCGAGUAGCGGUUGGGGAAGAAAGCACAGAGGUAGAGGAUCAACCUCAGAGGGAGAUGAGAGUACUUGAAGCUAUUUAUCCUCGAAUAUCUUCCAUUCCUCAAAACCCUUCUGUUUCAAUGGAUGUUGAAGAGUCCCAUUGCAUGGAUGAUCAAACUGCUUUGAUACCAAUAACACCAAUUGAAGAAGAAGAAGCAGCAGCAAAAGCAUUAAUGGAUUCCUUGAAACCAUUUGAUGUUUCACAAUCUCUUCAAUUAGCUCCUGGUAUUCUUAAGGAUUCAAACUCUGCUACAAGUAUGCAGUUAGCUUGUGGUCUUGCAUCUGAUGUAGUUGCUGCUGCAUUUGUUGCUUUAACUAGCCUUGUGAAGAGAAAUGAACAUGGAAAUUUUAUUGACCAUGAAUCAGUUAAUCAUAUUCUCAACAAUCCAGAAGUGAUCGUGAAGUUGGUUAGAGAUUAUAGAGCUGCUAAUAAUUCACAAUAUGUACAUAAUGCGGGGUCAUCCUUGGCGGCCUUUUCAAAUCCAUCGAUUCCUAUUCAAGGAGAAACCACUACACCUUCAUCGGUUGUUUUUUCAGGCACUUCUUCCUAUGCUCCCCCAAUUGGAGGUCUGGUGGAACCUAUUACUACCCAAUGGCCUCCUAGGCCUGCAAUGAGUUCAGCUAUUGUUUCUUCUUCCAUUGAGGUCCCUCCUGCAAGAAAUGUAAACUACUAUAAGAGCUUAAUUCAACAACAUGGAGGAGAUAAACAAGAAACACUUCCAUACUCCAGUAAACGUCAGAUUCCUCAGUCAGCAACAAACUAUGAGACAACCUCCUACAAUCAUAGAGGUAAAGUAUCAAAACCAAAGAUAAUGAAGCCUUGUAUCUUUUUCAACACUUCUAAAGGAUGUCGGAAGGGAGCUAACUGUGACUACCAUCAUGAUGCAUCAUUUUAACCACGGGGUAAUACCGUGUCAGGGAUACAAAGUUCAAAGAGGAUCAAAAUGGAUCAUGAGAUUAGCAGUUAAAAUGAACUCUGUUGGCUGGUGGUUUUGAUUGUCGUUAAUUUUAACGGGGACGACUGAAUGCAAGUUUAUAUCAUGUGUUUGAUGCGCUUAAGUUAGCAUUUAAUUUAAUGAAUAAUUGUUGUGAGCCUUGUUUGCUACUUAUUUUAAAUGCUACACAUAUUAUUUUUGACUGAAAGGCUCCUCUUUAUUUUCUUCCCUUGUUUAAGAAUCUGCCAAAGUUGUUGCUUUUCUUGGUCCAUCUUUCAUGAUUGUGAUUUUAGAUGGAGACUGAAUGCAGGUACAACCAGUUGGAUGAUGUAUUUUUUUUACAUUCUGGCAAUAUAAUUUACAUUUUUGUGCAAUUUAAUCUUCCUUGACGCUAUUACUGGAAAUAAUGGGAAGAAUACAAGAAAAGUUUGCACUUUAAGAUCAUGACGUAG